AUGUCCAGAGAUUGUCAAACGAUUGAAGAGUCGAUUAAUUUGGUAAACGAAGCCAUAGAUAAUGCCAUCGAAAGCAAUGGACUCGAGAGUGCCGUUCAAAUGCUCGAACCAUACGCUCAUAAAAGCUUAUAUCACAGCGCCUUCCGAUCCAUACUUAUUAUAUUAAAAGCCGGACUCACUCUCAAAAAGGAUGAUUUGGAGAAGGCGUCUGAAGCCACUGAACAAACGGCUAAACUCAGCAAUAAAUACAGAAGGACUGGCUUUUUAAAUAAUUUAGUUAAACUGUUUAAAACACCAAAUUAUGACAAAUAUACUGAUUUGGAAAUACACGCAGAGCUAACUUAUGCUAAAUUCUUGGGUAUGAGCGCUAUAUUGUGUGCAUUGGAGGCACAGAAUAUCUACGCUCUCAUCAAAAUUGCAUAUCGGUUGCGAUUAUGUGUCAGUGCAUUCAAGGAAUGCAAAACAAUACUGAGAAACCGAUCCAUUUGGGAGUCGGAAACAUCAAAACAACACUUCGAGGCCGGCGUACGGCUAGCAAAUGGCAUACAGCACCUGACCAUCAGUCAUAUCCCACCAAAACUGUUGAAAAUAGUGAAUUUUCUCGGCUAUAAGGGUGUGGAAAGUCGAGCCUUUCAGGAGUUAAGCCGUACGGCGUUUGAAUUGCCCGGAAUUAGUAGUCGUAUCGCUCAAGUAGUGCUCCUAUUCUACUGGAUUGCAGGCCAACCGCACGCCUCCAUUGAUUACGCGGAACUCGUCCGCCAACAGUCGGUCCACUCGCCGGCGAUUAUCACAUAUUUGGUCGCAAUCUUCAGAUACGCCAAGAGUGUAGACGACUGCGACCCGCAAAUGAAACAAACGGCCGCCAAAUUGUUUGAGUCCGUAUAUUAG